GGGUGUCGGGGUCCUCGGCCGGGUCCCCUGCCCUGGCUGUCUCCUGGGACUGAGGGGAGCCCCCCUGGCCCGUGCUGACACCCUGUGAACGGGCAGCGGGAGGGGGCACGGGCAUCUGGGGACCCCUGCCCACCAUCUGCCUUCCCCUGGCUGCUGCCCAGCUCAGGUCACCCCCCAACUGCUCUUCAUCUCUUCUUGGUGUCUCUGCCUCGUCCCGGCCCCCUCCCUGUCCUCCUGGCAGGCCAUGGGGCGCGGGGGGGUCCUGGCCGCCCCAGAAGACCCCGAGGAGCGGCGGGGUGCCCAGGGGGAAGGUGCCCACCCCUGUCCCCCGGAGUGCCAGGAGCUGGCUGCCGUCCCCACGCCGCAAGUCGUAAGCGCCCGAGCUGCGAGGAACCACGGCUGUCCCCGCUGCCAUCCCCGAGGCUGUCCCCCGGCUGUCCCCAGGGUGGUGGCUGGUCCCCUGGGGUGGCCGUGUCCCGUCUCUUCUCCCAUCCCUGCCACCUUUAGGCUGCAUGUGUCUGGCUGCUGCGGCUCGGGGGCUUGCGAGGCUGAGCCGGGCGGUGCCACCUCGGGCUGGCAUUGCCACCACCACUGUCACCUCCUCCAUUGGUCCCCAGAUAAAGCGUUUCCUGAAGGAGGACUCGGACGAGGCUGAGCUGAGCCAGUUCCUCCGGGACUGCCCGGCUGCUGACAGCUCCAGGAAGGUGGAGGCUGCGGAGAGCCGGCGGGAGCCUGGCCACCCCCUGGGCAGUGUGGCCAGGGUCCCCCCAGACGAAGGCAGUGACGACAGGGACAGCAGGAUCUUCUCCCGCUCCCGGCCCUCGGAUUUCCAGCAGCACAUCGCCGCCCCCCCACCCCCGAGCCCCAACCGCCCGCGGAGCCCUUGGGGGCAGCUGGACCCCUACGACUCCUCCGAGGAUGACAAGGAGUACGUGGGCUUUGCCACGCUGCCCAACCAGGUGCAUCGCAAGUCGGUGAAGAAGGGCUUCGACUUCACCCUCAUGGUGGCAGGGGAAUCCGGGCUGGGCAAAUCCACCCUGGUCAACAGCCUCUUCCUGACGGACAUGUACAGGGACCGCAAGCUGCUCAAUGCUGAAGAGCGCAUCACGCAGACGGUGGAGAUCACCAAGCACGUGGUGGACAUCGAGGAGAAGGGGGUCAAGCUGCGCCUGACCAUCGUGGACACGCCAGGCUUUGGGGACGCCGUCAACAACACCGAGUGCUGGAAGCCGGUGGCUGACUACAUCGACCAGCAGUUCGAGCAGUAUUUCCGUGACGAAAGCGGCCUCAACCGGAAAAACAUCCAGGACAACCGAGUGCACUGCUGCAUCUACUUCAUCUCGCCCUUCGGCCACGGGCUGCGGCCCCUGGAUGUGGAGUUCAUGAGAGCCCUGCACCAGCGCGUGAACAUCGUGCCCGUGCUGGCCAAAGCUGACACCCUGACCCCUGCCGAGGUGGAGCGCAUGAAGAAUAAGAUCCGGGAGGAGAUCGACCACUACGGAAUCCGCAUCUACCAAUUCCCUGAGUGCGACUCGGACGAGGAUGAGGAGUUCAAGCUGCAGGACCAGGCACUGAAGGAGAGCAUCCCCUUCGCCGUCAUCGGCAGCAACACGGUGGUGGAGGCCAAGGGCCGGCGCGUCCGCGGGCGCCUCUACCCCUGGGGCAUCGUGGAAGUGGAGAACCCGUCCCACUGCGACUUCGUGAAGCUGCGCACGAUGCUGGUGAGGACGCACAUGCAGGACCUGAAGGACGUGACCCGGGAGACACACUACGAGAAUUACCGCACGCAGUGCAUCCAGAGCAUGACCCGCAUGGUGGUCAAGGAGCGCAACCGCAAGAGCCAUCCCUCCGUGCUGAGGCUGUGCUGCGGGGACUGCUCUGCCGACUGAGCCGGGACCUGCUCCCCCUGCCGCCCCCGGCCCCUCUAUAAAGUGUUUGUUGGUACCCAACGCUGUCUUGGUCCUUCUGUGCCUGCUCAAGGGCCAGGCAGCCGCCCCCGGGGCGAGCCAGCCCCGUGGCCACCCACUCCGGCCCUGUGGCCACCCACUGGUGUCCCACACAGGCUCCCCUUUGGGUGUCAGAGGACACCGUGUGUCACCCCGGGGUCACCCCUGCUCAGCCAGGUUGGAGGAUGUCACUGUUCGGUGGCACUGAGCCCCCAGGGCUGCCCAAGGGAAGGGGUCGUGCUGCCCUCCCAGGGAUGCGGUUUUGGGGUGCUGAGAGCCUCUGCUGCUCACCCCACUGCUGCUGCCCGGCUCCAGCCUGGUGUGGCUGCCAGGGCUGGCAGGAGCUCCACGUGCUUCCCCCACGGUC